GUCACGUGACCGGGCGUCCCGCCUCUUGGCUUCCAGUCCCAGAGGUGCUGUUUGGAGUUAGCUACGAGGACCCCAGAUUCAGUCGGUAACCCCGGCGCAGCGGAGCUUCGGGCGCAGCGGCGGUCGCGCGGGUGAGCACCGCAGGGCUCUGCGGCGCGGUGGAGGGCGCUGUCCGCGUCCCCGCGCCGCGGCUCUGCAAAGGACGGAGCGCCCCGGGCCGAGGCGCCAGGGGCCUGCGAGGUGCGAGGCCCUUGGGGUUGGGGUCUGAGGCUUGGGCUCUGCCUGGGCCGCGCGGACCCUGAAGUGGGUGAGGCGGCCCAGGGAGCAUGAGCGGGCAGCGCGUGGACGUUAAGGUGGUUAUGCUGGGCAAGGAAUACGUGGGCAAGACGAGCCUGGUGGAACGAUACGUGCACGACCGCUUCUUGGUGGGGCCCUAUCAGAACACCAUCGGGGCUGCUUUCGUGGCCAAGGUGAUGUGCGUUGGAGACCGGACGGUGACUCUGGGCAUUUGGGACACAGCAGGUUCCGAGCGCUACGAAGCCAUGAGCAGAAUCUAUUACCGGGGUGCUAAAGCUGCAAUUGUCUGUUAUGACCUCACUGACAGCAGCAGCUUUGAGAGAGCCAAGUUCUGGGUUAAGGAGCUGCGCAGUUUAGAAGAGGGCUGUCAAAUCUACCUGUGUGGCACUAAGAGUGACCUGCUGGAGGAAGACAGGCGGCGCCGUCGUGUAGACUUCCAUGAUGUUCAGGACUAUGCCGAUAAUAUCAAAGCCCAACUCUUUGAAACAUCCAGCAAGACAGGCCAAAGUGUGGAUGAACUCUUCCAGAAAGUGGCUGAGGAUUACGUCAGUGUGGCUGCUUUCCAGGUGAUGACAGAGGACAAAGGUGUGGAUUUGAGCCAGAAGGCAAACCCUUACUUCUACAGCUGUUGUCAUCACUGAGUCACCACUCAUCUGGCCCAGUGGAAUUAGAUGAAUUCCCAGAGGGGCUGGACCUGACUCUUGUCUGGGCUGGAAUGGUCAAGCGUCUGAGCUAUUCCAGGUGCCUCUCACAGCAGAGGUGGCACCUGCCUGUGCUGGCCCAUGGAACGGAGGAAGUAUUGGGCUGACUGUGGGCAUGAGGAGGAGUAAGGGCUGACUUGAAUCCCAGGCUUCUGUCCAGACUAUUUAAGUAGCUUCUGAACUGUAAAUAAAAUUGAUGCAUUUCCUUGCUGUGUGCACUGGGUGUCAAAACACCUAGUUGUUCCUGGGGCCACGUGGGCCUCACUUAUAUGAAGACUUCCAUCUGGAACCAAGUAACAGUUUCCUAAGACUAUCACUGAAACCAUGGAUAAACAAUGGGCUCUUUUUCUUAUGGCCUUUUUAUUAGUGCUUACAUGUCUGAGUGUAGAGCAAAUACCAGGGCUUCUAACAUACUAGGCAAGAACUAUAUCACUUUUUUUCUUUUGUGGGGGUGAAGAUAGGUUGAGGCUGGGAUGGAAAAGUACAAAGUUCAGGAGAAGACGAAGGAAAGCACCUCAGCUGUGCCCAGAGACAAAAGGCUUGGGUACAUCAACCUCAAGACGAGUUGGUUAGGCCAGCUCUACCUGUUGUGUUAUGUCUGAACCUGUGCUCAGGGGUGUGACUCAGUCCUAAGCUUCCCAGUGAAACCCUAUAAUGUACGCAACAAGAGGCAACUCCAUCUUUCUAUAACUCAAAAAGGUCUUAUGCAUCCAAUUUAGUUGCUAACUUAGAAAAAGGCCUUGAAGCUUCCAAACCUUUACUCACUGCACUCUAGAGGCAGAGGCAGCAGAUCUCCAAGUUUAAGACCAGCAUGGUCUACAGACUGAUUCCCAGUUCAGCCAGGACUACACCGUGAAAACUAUUGUG